GAAUUAUAGCUAGACAUCUCCGAGAGAAAAAAAAAAACUAGCAAACCAUUGUGACAGUCUCAAUUUUGCAUUUUUGCUAUACUGCUUGCAGAUCCAUGGGGCGUUGGGUUAGGCCUGAGGUUUAUCCUCUGAUGGCCGCGAUGAUGUUGGCAUCGGGCAUGGUUGUGUUCCAGCUUGGGCGCAACGUGUGCACCAACCCUGAAGUCAAGAUCAGCAAGCGCAACCGCCGCAACGCAGUGCCAGACAGCGCGGCGGAAGCGGAGAGGUACAGCAUGCAUGGUUUCCGCCGCUUCUUCGGCCGGCGUCGCCCAGAGGUGAUGCCCUCCAUCAACCGCUUCUUCUCCAACUCCGAUCGACCCAAUCAUGAUGAGAACAAUGAUGAUUGAUGAGUAAUUCGCAUUAUGUGGUGUAUUUGUUCGCUAUAAGGACCAGCGUUAUGUGACGUAAUAUGGUUAGAUGUGAACUGGUUUAUUAUUUUAAGAACUCGGCCUGUGUGCAUGCAAAAAAGAAAAAGCAAGAUUGGUAAAUGUAAUGUACUUUUACUUUAUUUGUUGGUUCAGCACUUGAUUUUUUUCUUUUAUCAACAAACUUACCUAUGUGAGUGUUGACAGAGCCUAAGAUAUAAAUCAUUUCUAUUAUAAAAAUAAA